CUGCAAGCGGCUUCGGGCACGGCGAGGGCUUUUAACACCUCCUUGUGCUGGUGGUGAUGCGUCCGCUGGCAAAACUCCGAAUCCCCGGGGAAUAGGACCCAAGGACUGGCCUUACAGGAUCAUCCAUGGAAUUAGUUGAAGUUUAAGCCGUUGUUACCCGUUUGGUCUGUACUCUGAGGAUUUCCUGAUGGUAUCCCAUCUAAUUAUUAACCAGGUCCAGCUUGCUUGGUUUCCUCAAGAUCAGCCAAGGAUAGCUAGGUGCUGCCACCUGCUGUGAUAUAAGUUGGCCACCAUUGUAAAAAUGAGAACAACUUGUAUGUACAAGUGAAAGCAGACAUCUGGACUUCGCGAUUCCAAGCAUUCGUUUGUGAGUGUACCCAGUUGUCUAAGGCUUUGAGAUGAGGCUGUGGCUGCUGUGGAUUGUGGUUUCUGAGGUUACCCAAGAGGAAAUACUGGCCAUUGGAAUUGCAGACUUUGGACAUAGCAGUGACUGACAUUCUACACCACCCUUUGCCAGUUGUUUGGAAACCUGCAAUCCAGGCUGGAACCAUGGACUCUGCCAGGGGCCCCCAUGUGAAGGUCCGGAGUGAAGUCAGUGACUACCUCAACUAUGAAAUCAUCAUCAAGCAUUAUAACCACACCGGGAAGCUCAAUGAGAAUGCUGAAAGUGGGAUCAAAGCAACAUCGGUAGUCUUCAUCAUUAUCUGCUGUUUUAUCAUCCUCGAGAACAUCUUUGUUCUGCUGACUAUUUGGAAAACCAAGAAAUUUCACAGACCAAUGUAUUACUUUAUUGGUAACUUGGCACUCUCAGAUUUGCUGGCAGGAGUGGCUUACAUUGCCAACAUUCUGUUGUCUGGAUCCAAGACUUACAGCCUCACCCCUGCCCAGUGGUUUCUUAGGGAAGGAAGCAUGUUUGUGGCUUUGUCUGCUUCUGUCUUCAGCCUGCUGGCUAUUGCGAUUGAGAGAUAUAUUACUAUGUUGAAGAUGAAGCUCCAUAAUGGCAGCAAUAGUUUCCGUUCCUUCCUGCUGAUCAGCGCCUGUUGGGUCAUCUCUGUGAUAUUAGGGGGGCUCCCUAUUAUGGGGUGGAACUGCAUUGGCUUCCUGGACGACUGCUCCACAGUGUUGCCUCUUUAUCAUAAGCAUUAUAUCCUCUUCUGUACCAGUAUAUUUACUGGCCUCUUAUUGACCAUUGUGAUCCUUUACUGUAGGAUCUACAUCUUGGUAAGGACAAGGAGCCGUAGGCUGACCUUUCGGAAGAAUGUUGCCAAAGCAACCCGGAGCUCAGAGAAGUCACUGGCUCUGCUGAAGACAGUGAUUAUUGUUUUAAGUGUGUUCAUUGUCUGCUGGACUCCCUUGUUCAUUCUUCUGUUGCUGGACGUGAAAUGCAAAGUCAAGGAAUGUCCAAUCCUCUUCAAAGCUGAAUAUUUCUUAGUACUAGCAGUUCUAAACUCAGCCACCAAUCCAAUCAUCUAUACACUCACCAACAAGGAGAUGCGGAGAGCUUUUUUCAAGAUCGUGCAGUGCUGUACGUGUCCCACCACAGACUCUGGAACCAAAGUCAAGAGACCAAUCAUUGGAGGGAUAGAAUUCAGCAGAAGUAAGUCCGACAAUUCCUCCCAUCCACAGAAAGAUGAGGGGGAUCCUCCAGAAACAAUUGUGUCCUCUGGUAAUGUCACCUCAUCAUCUUAGGAGCUUUGGCAAAGAGGAGGCCUGAGCCCCUUGAAGGCUGACACACGGGGAAUAGCUCUGCUUGCUUGUCUCCAGACGGAAGGAGGAGAGUGAGAAUGAGUUGAUCUGAAGGGGAAAUGGAGUACUGAUUGGGGUGCAGUUGAUGACAUAAGACAUGUUGUGUCAUUUGAAAAUAUUUCCUCUCUGGGAGAAUAUUGUGUUGCCUUUGCCCUGAGGCAACUUAGGGUUGUUAGGAAAAUUCAGGCUCUAUACACCUCUGAAAAGCGGACACUUGGGUCAGCAGUGCCUUUGAAUGGGAGUAUGGGUGGGGAAGGAGAGAAAUAUCUUCAAAUCGUUUUUCCCCCCAAGGCAAAACUUCAGUGACUCCUGAAAUAAAGUUCUUGCUGUUUUAGAAUGACAGCCUUCUUCAAUUAACUCCUUGUCAAGGGAAGCAAAUGUGCUAGUAUAUUCUGAGUAAUAGAAAGAGAACUGGGGGGGAUUUUACCUCAAGAGUUGUUCAGGUGCAUGUGUCCCUUUGGCACUUAAUCAUAAGUGGAAAGUCAAUGGGAAUUAGGUGCUGGAGGCUGCUGUGGUUACUCUGAGGAACAUAGCCCCAUAUUCCUGGUUGUAGUUGAAUCCUCAAGGAUUUAGUGGGGCUGUGAUAUGUGUGGAUUAGGUUGGGUCCAUUUGAACUUAAUAGAUGUGUCAUUUGAACCUUAAAAAAAAGAGCUGAUAAAUAUGCUGCUUUCAGUAAUGAGUUGCAUUUUAAUAAUUUUAACAGCAGCUUUAUAUACACAAUUUUAACCACCAGCCAUGUCCCAUUUCUGCUCAUGUAGUCAUAAGAAUGUAAGAACCGCCCUGCUGGAGCAGGCCAAUGAUCAUCCUUAAUCUCCUUCCAGUCAACUUUGUUGUAUGACCUUCCUUAUCUUAGUGUAGGAUACAUAUUUUUCUCUAUUUUUUUUUCCCACACACUGGUCAACCAGAUGCAUCUGGGGUGCUUACAAACAGGAGGUGGAGCCAUACCUUUCUACUACUGCUCUGUAACUGGUGUUUGGAGACAGGCUGUUCUAACCUGUAGGUCUUCAAGACUAACAGCUCUUGAUAGACCUAUUCUCCAUGAAUUUAUCCAAUCCCUUUUUAAAGCCAUCCAAAUUAAUGGCCAUCACCCUGUCUUGUGGUAAUGAAUUCAAUGUUAAUUAUGUGCUGUGUGAACAAAUACUUUCUUUUGUUUGUUUUUCAUCUCCUUCCAAUCAACUUGGUUGGAUGACUUUCCUGAAUCCUUAUGUUCUGAGUGAGGGAUACACAUUUUCUUUGUUUUCUUUCUACACAGCAUACAUAAUUUCCUUUUUUCUAAGUAAAUAGUUUAGUCAUUUCUCAUGAGGAUGAUAUUGGAACCCCAAUCUGUUUGCCCUAUACUUUUUCCAGCUCUGUUACAUCUUUUUCCAAAUGUAGCAGCCAGAAAUGUUAAACAGCAUUACAGAUAUGGAUGAACCCUAGAUUUGUGUAAGGGCAUUACAAAUUGAGAGUUUUAUUUAAUCCCUAGCAUGGACUUUGUCUUUUUCACAGCUGCCACACACUUGGUCAACAUCUUUGAUAGUUGUCCACUGUGACCAUACAAUUUUUUCUUUCCUGGUUAGUUAGAGAUAGCUUAGACCCCAUGAAUGUAUAUGUGACUAAGGGGAGGUUUACCUCAAUUUGCAGCAUUUUACUUAUUAAAUCCUGAGAUAUAGUUUAGGCUGAAAGAUGAAUCACAGUUAUUCUUAAGCUUUUUAAGGCUGAACAAACAAAUAAGACUGGGCCUUUCUGCAACCUCAGCCAAAUGUCCACACUCAAGAUCCUUGUAUAACCAGUAUGUCCAUUCAUUUUAAAUGGUGUUCACUGACUGCAAAUCCAUGUCCAUCCAUGGAAAGUAUUAUUUGUGUUAAAUGAAUGUAUUUUAUUACAGCAUUAAUUGCUAUUUUGUGUUUGUGUGUGUGUGUAUGUUAACUUGAGUCAAUAGGGCUGAACGUGUAAAAAAUGUAGAGAUGCUAAUAACACAGAUGCUAUUUUAUAUCUGGAGCAAUUUUAUGAGAAAUUCAUGAUUAAUCCCAACCUGGAGGGAGGGUCCCAAUAUUAAUUAUUUGGGAGAUAUGUCUAUUUUUUCCACUUAAGAAUGAUCAGUUGCAAAGGAGGAUAUUGAGGAUUCCUAUACUUAUAAUAGUUGUGUGAGAGAAGGAAUUUCUGAAGGUGCAGCUUACCAUGAAGUAAAUAAAUGAGUGUGAGUGUGUGUGUGUGAGAGAGAGAGAGAUCUCCUAAAAUAAUCUCUGCUGCCCAGCUGCAACAGGCACAGGAGUUGGUGUCCUUUGAAAGGGGCAGCAUUCAGUGGAAGUUUUGCAUCUGGGAGGAUCCAAAGUUUAAAUAAUGAAAUGAAAAUGGCAGGAGUGUCUCCACUGUUGUGGUCUUUAAUCCAUCAAUAGUGCAUUACUGAGCUAAUCAUAUGCAAAGUAGCUGCAACCAACAGAUUAAUGUACAAGUAUUGGCUGAAUUCAUAGGUGGAUGUUAGAAACAAGGUUAUUGGCCUUUUAGCAUUAUUUGCAGUGCAAUUUUUUUUUAAAAAGUAUGUAAAAUGUUUCAGACUUGGUUGUACAAUUUACAUAUAGCUUCAUUGACCUUUAAAUAUUAAUAAA